AUGUCUGGAGUGGAGGUAAUUGCUGUUGUCGCGUGUGUCGCUGCUGUCAUUUCCGCCUAUCACGAUGGAAGCGCCGUCUUCCAGGAGGUGAGAAGGAAAUGGCGUGAACGUCGUAACUCUCACCCCCAGGCAGCAUCCUCCACUGCCAUUGACCUGGAGAAUUCCCUGCAGCGGAGCAGGGUCGAUAUCCUAACCCAGUGGAACGGACACGUCGGUCGCCUUGGCCAACGGUUCGAAGUGGGCGAUGAAAUCGCCCAAGCCACGAUGAAAGACAUUCUCAUCGGGCUUCAAAUAACCCUCCUCACGCACCUUCGCGAAGAUGGUGCCCAUCUCGACAUCUUAGCCCUCCUCAACGUUUCCGAUCUGAGCCGUGCCAGAACGAUUUCCGCCAUGCACGAACUAUAUCAGCGGUUAGCACAAACAGCUCCAAUACCAUGGCAAAUGAUGUCGCCAGUUGCACCGGGGCUACCUAUUAUCGAGCCGCAAUCGGGUCUCGCUCAAUACAUCGGUGUUAUCAGCGCACUCUCGUCGAGCCAGGCACCUUCCGAGCAACAUUCAUAUCCUGCGGGUUUCUACUACUCGCCGGGCCAGCCAGCGCCAGGUACAAUGUCAGGACGGGUUUUCACGGGGAGUCUAUCCAGCUCGCCGCCAGAAAUAACCUCUGCUAGCCAUAGGGCUUCAAUCGAUACAGGAAACUCCCGCGAUAGAAGCGAGAGAAGAUUUAGCUCGUUUAGCUCGACGUUUAAUAGCUGGCUGCGCGACCGACGCCGAUCUUCCGUGGAGUCCAGCGAUCGAAGCGAACGAGACGACCGGUCCGACAUCGCAGCUGUUUCAGGUCUACCCUCAGGAACUCCGACGGGACUUCCAUCCCCACCGCAGACAUCUUACAUGGAACCCAGUGGUGCGCGUCCAAUUCCACGGCGAAGGCCCCCCGGGCUCGAGACGCCCGUUGAGCAGAACGUGUUGAGCGAGAAUCCCUGGAUAUCAGUCAUCGAAGAGAAAGAACAAGAAAGAGCAGAUUAUGACCUGAUUUACGGACAGCAGGAUCGCCAAGAUCAAUCAUACCCUUAUCACUAUAGUCCGAGCCAAAUGCAACAUUAUCAAAACCCACAGCAACAUCACCAUCAACAACAGCAACCACCACCCCCUACGCAACAUACACCCAACAUCAACCUCAGCGUAUCCAAAGCACCACCAACACCAUCCAUACACAGCGAUAUGUCCCUCGAUAGCGGCAGCUCCAACCGAAGUGCUAGUGAUAUAAUCCCUCUACCCCUCUCAACUACUGUCGCGCUCUGGCCACCAAGCCGAAGUAACGACUAUGCCGGGUUCUGCAAGGGGGGCUUGGAAACAAAACUCCGGGUUUGA